AUGUCAUCAUCCGAGAGUGGAUUGUCCGAUACUGAUGACCCUAUGGCUAUUGUUUCUGACGAUGAGAUCAUCCCCGAGCCAGAGAUCUUUACUUUCGAUACAGAGAGUGACUCGAAGAUGAUGUCCGAUGACGACGACGAUUUCCAGCCAUUUGCACUGCCCGAUUUUGGAGAUGACUUACCGCUUGCUAAUGGUAUCCCAGACGAGGAUCCUUUUGUUAUUCCCAAUCCAGUUCACGAUCAUCUUAUCAUCGGUGACCCCGACGGUGAGCAUGUCGUGGCACCGAUCCUCGCUCCCGUUCCUCUCAUGGUCAUCCCACCGGAGGAUUGGCCUUUUGAUGAUCUUUUUGACAAUGAUUUUGGUCUGUUUGUUGAUGGUCCUCCCGAUGACGCUCAUGGCGAUGGAGAGCUCGAUGAGGACGUUGUUACUAUUCCACUUCUUGGGAUCCCCGUUAUUGAGAUUUCUUCUAACUCUAGUUUACACUCUGUCCCAGAUUCCUUUGAGUCUGUGCCAUCUUCCGCCUUACAGGCAGUUGGAUUGCGACGUUAUGCCACUGAUUCUGAUGAUGAUACGACCAUGUCAGCUGCACCAUCCCCUCCACAUGACUUUGAGCCUGGACUUGAGCCCGUUUUUGUCCCUGCUGAUCAGCCUGUUGAUGCACCUGCUGAUCCUGAGCUGAUACCUGCUCCUGAGCCUUUGCCUGAUCUUGACCUUAUUCCAUUUGGCUUACCUGACAUUGCACCUCUCAUACCUGAUCCAGUUCCUGCACCCGCUGACCCUCCUGUUAUUGAGCCAGUCACUCCUCCACUUGCACCCGCACCUGCUGAUGUUGUUCCUUUUCACCCAGUGGAGUCUGAUGUUCACUGUGUUGAUCUCCCUAUUGUUUUCUUGCAGGACAUACCUGCACCCCGUCCAGGGGAGGGCACUUCUGGCCAGCAGCCUAGUCAUGACCCUCAUGUUUCAGCAGCUUUCCCACACAUACCUCAGUCUGCAUCUUCUGCUCGUUUUACUUCUUCACCACUUGAUGAGCCAUUCUGA